AUGGGGAGUCCAGCAAGUCCUUCAAUUGCCAUCAUUGCAGUAGAUUAUGUUGUUUCAAUGGCGUUGACUCACCUUGACUUUGAAAUUCCGAUUAUUAAGUCGUAUGUUGAUGAUCUCUUCGCAGUGGUUCCAAAGGAUAAAGUAGACAGCAUCUUAGAUGUGUUUAAUAGUGUUGACAAGGACAUCCAGUUUACCUUGGAAGUUGAGAAUAACGGGAAGUUGCCUUUUUUGGACAUACUAAUAGAAAGAUCAGAAGAUGGUGAUCUUAUAACUUCUUGGUUCAAGAAACCGUACAGCUCAGGAAGAAUUUUGAAUUUUAAUUCCAAUCAUCCAUUGAGCCAGAAAUUGGGGGUUGUAAAAGGGUUUUUGAACAGAGCCAUGCGCUUGAGUCAUGUGAACAAGACCAAGGAAAGUAUUCGCAUAGUUAGAAGAUUACUGUCAUCUAACAAUUAUCCAAACAAGGUCAUCAGCAAGUGUGAGAAAAUUGUGUCCGAGAGGAUUAGAAACAACAUCAGGAGCAACAAUGUCAACAGGAAUUGGUCGUUUAGCAGAUUUCCCUACAUAAAAGGCUUGUCACCAAGACUGGGAUCUUUAUUUAGGCACACCAACUGCAAGUUGGUAUUCUAUAAUGUAUUCAAGGUUAAGGAUCUAUUUUCCCGGCUAAAAGACAAAGUGGAGAAAGAAGAUAGAUCUGGCCUGGUAUACUGGAUUCCGUGCUCGUCUGGGAAAUGGUACGUUGGACAGACCAGGCAAAAAUUAAAAGCCAGAGUGAGACAACACAAACUUGACUGCAGACCUGAGAAGUCCAUAAAAAACAACAAAACAGCAUUAGCGGAACAACACUUUGUUGAGGAUGGUCAUAACUUUCAGUUCGAGGAUGUUGAGAUUUUAGAUCUGGAGAAAAAUUACAUGAAGAGAAACCUAAGCGAAAUGAUUUUUAUUAAGGCGAUGAAUUGUGUCAAUUUUAGAUCCGACACGCAAAACCUCAGUACAAUUUACAGUGACCUGAUGAAUGAUGUUAAGGAUUUAGUGAAGUCAUAG